GGAGCUGGAGCAGCCUCACGGAUACGCACGGGGCACGCUCGCGCACCGACAGUCGCACGGUCCGUGUCAGUGUCGUCAGAAUCGCCGCGAGUCGAGUCGUCCGCGGGGCUUGGAGCAUCCGGCUUGGGCUGUCCGGCCCCCACAGUCGUCUCAGUGACCGAGAAGGGAAGAAAGGAAAAAGCGAGCGAGCGAGAAAGAGAGAGAGAAAGAUAAAUAGGAUGCGGUAUCGCGCGAGAUUCCGGCGUUGCAUCCCGUGUCCGCGGCUUCGCGGGGACGUUGUCGUGGCCGCGGCCGCGUCCCGCUGAGAGCCGAGAUAUGCGCGGUGUGCCGAUCCGUCGCUCGGCAGUGUGUGUGCGCGGGUUAACCUCAAGUACAGCGCGAGUGCUCGCGACCGUCGCCGUCGCCGUCGCCGUCGCCGCGCGACCCAGGUAGGGUGUGAGGUGCCGAAUAAAGGGGGAAAAUAAGGAAGAGAGCGAGUGUAUGUUCGGAUAGGGGGAGGCGCGCGCGCGCGGCGGGGGGGAUACGAGGAAGAGAGCUGUUCCGCGUAUCCAACGGACGCGGAGCGCGGCGCGGCGCGGAACACGCGUUCACGCACACGUCCGUCAAGAUGUCGUCGUCCGGGCACAGCAGCCGCACUCGCGCCGUCCACAUCGGCUCGAUCUUCCAGAAGCUGCACGGCCGUUUCGCGGACGCGAUGACGCCGCCUAAGCUGUCGACCGACAAGCGUACCCUCGACAAGACCUGGAAGCUGAUGGACAAGGUGGUGAAGCUGUGCCAGCAUCAGCGGAUGAACCUCAAGAACUCGCCGCCGUUCAUCCUCGACAUCCUGCCGGACACGUAUCAGCGGCUGCGGCUCAUCUACAGCAAGUACGAGGAUCGUAUGCAGGUGCUGCACAGCAACGAGCACUUCUGCGUGUUCAUCAACAACCUGAUGCGUAAGUGCAAGCAGGCGAUCAAGCUCUUCAAGGAGGGCAAGGAGAAGAUGUUCGACGAGACGUCGCACUAUCGACGCAACCUGACCAAGCUCAGCCUCGUGUUCAGCCACAUGCUGUCCGAGCUGAAGGCCAUAUUUCCCAACGGGGUGUUCGCCGGCGAUCAGUUUCGCAUCACCAAGGCGGACGCCGCGGAAUUCUGGAGGGAACGCUUCGGGAACAGUACAUUGGUACCGUGGAAGGUGUUCAGACACGAGUUGAAUCAGGUUCAUCCAAUUAGCUCGGGACUACAAGCGAUGGCACUGAAAUCCACGAUAGAUUUGACGUGCAACGAUUACAUUUCCAACUUUGAAUUCGACGUAUUCACGAGGCUGUUUCAACCGUGGUCGACUCUCCUGCGAAAUUGGAAAAUUCUGGCUGUGACGCAUCCUGGCUACGUGGCUUUCCUCACGUACGACGAGGUGAAAGCCCGUUUGCAAAAAUAUUGCAUUACCAAGCCUGGGAGCUACGUAUUUCGGUUAAGUUGCACGAGGCUGGGACAAUGGGCAAUCGGUUACGUCACGUCUGACGGUGAUAUCCUACAAACUAUACCGCAUAACAAGAGUUUAUGCCAAGCGUUAUUGGACGGCUACCGGGAAGGCUUAUCGAUUUGCAGCUACUUAUACCCGGACGGCCGAAAUAUAAAUCCGGACUUGACAUGGGCGGUGCAACCGACGCCGGAGGAGCACAUCAAAGUGACGGCGGAACAGUACGAAUUAUAUUGCGAGAUGGGUAGCACAUUCCAGCUGUGUAAGAUCUGCGCCGAGCAUGACAAGGACGUAAGGAUAGAACCAUGCGGCCACCUUCUCUGUACUCCAUGCCUUACAGCUUGGCAGGUAGAUUCCGAAGGACAGGGCUGUCCGUUUUGCCGAGCUGAGAUUAAAGGCACCGAGCAGAUCGUCGUAGAUCCGUUCGACCCGCGAAGAACCCACAGACCCGGGGCGCAUUCGGCGUCUGCUAGUAACGCAUCGACCCCCACGCGGGAUCUCGACCCCGACACCGAGGAUAUAAUGGAGCUGUGCAACGGCAAUUGCGGUCUCAUAUGCGACGACUCGGAUGAGGAAGAUGAUUCUAGUCCCACGAAUUCGCCGGUGCCGCCGCGGAGGAUUGUUUCGAGUCCCCCUUUACCACCUAGAAGACCCUCGCCAUCACCCACACCAAACAAUCACCUCAGGAACGGACGUCAUCUGACAGUACCGAAGGAAAAUGCUCCGCCGCCGCCAUCGGCGGUCACAGUGAUAUUGAAUUAUACCGAUAACACUCAACAAAAUAACAAAGUUAACACAGAGGCGAGAUACGACAUGCUGCACCGCGCGUCCUCGCCGUCAUCGGUGCCACCGAUACCGCCCGUGCCACCGACGGCGGUGGUGAGGGUUCAUCCACGCCGGUCUCACGGGAAUCACGCGGGGGGCACGCCGCAGCGACAACCGCAGCCACCGCCGACGUUGCCGGAGAAGGCGUGUCGUGCCACCGCGACCAGCUCGACGACGAGUCAAACCGGGGGUCCGAGUAACAACGUGCCUCCCGUACCGCCACCCUUGUCGGCGCCACGGCCGCCGAAGGCUAGCAAGGAGGGUGGCACCCGUCAGGAUCACCAUUACGAAAACACGAUCGUGAUCUCCGGCACGAGUCAGCACGUCGUGAAGAACAUCAACUUGGAGGCGAACAGGGCACGUCUCACGGCACUGAUGAGGGCGAGGGAUGAUCCGGGUGGCGGCGGCGGCGGCGGUGGUGGUGGUGGUGGACCGGUGACCAAGUCGGAGUCGGCGGCGUACGAGAACGUCAACGUCGAGCAUAUCACAAGGCUGACGGCGCUCGGUUUCGCGCCGGACGCCGUGAUCAGGGCGCUCGGCAUCACCAGGAACGAUCUCGAGAUGGCGUGUGACAUAUUGCACGAGUUCGCCACGAAAUCCUCCUGACCAGGUACAAACAAACGACAUCAAUCGCAACGAAUGUGUUGGCGAAUACGAAGCGCUAUGAACGGCAUACGUUCAAGCCGUGCAGAGUGAAAAUCUCAGAGAGAAGUAUUUUCCUUUCCGGGUUCGCGAAUACUUCAACUCGGUUUGUGCUGAGUAGCGACCAUUUCACUUGGAUGUGACGAGUAUAGCCCGAAUAUAAUUAAUUUAUAUCGGUGUCGUCCCUCGCGCUUCGUGUAUCACGCAUCUAAAAUAUCAGAUUGAGAUAUUACCACACGAAAAUGAUUGUAAUGUUAAAGAUACAUAUGAUUGAUCUAAUCGCAGGGCCGAACACUGAGGUCUCGUGACCGGCCUUACCUGCCAGACGGUACUUUUGACAGGAAACACGCGCGAACUCCUGCAAAUCCCACCUCUGAUGCGUUCGCGGAUACGUCGCGCGUUUUCGCCGAGCGUCUCAUCACGUAUACGGUAUCGGCGGCGUUCCGUUUUACGUCUUAAAACGAGUGGAAAAGACACGCUUGCGAGCGGACAGUGAGCGUUGAAAGAGUCAUCGGGGUAACCGUGGAGAAAUUCCGACGGAAGGUCCUUGAAGCAUUCUCAAGAACGUCGAGCAUCGUGCACGUUUCAUGGAUCUUUCCUCGUCGCAUAUCGACUUUCGGGCAGCCUUUAAUGAGGCUCCAAACACAGGGAAGAUUGUUCGCAUCGCGAAUGAUUUUGCGCGCACGCGGCGCGCAAGCGGCAGAUGUAAAUAAAGGCGACGACCGACCAAAGACAGCUUGCGGCUGCCGAAGUAUGUCUUCACGAACCACACGUGUAGCACGAGCAGAAUAGCGUGUCCCGUACUUUCCUUAUUUAUAGUAAUCUCUCUACUAGGCGUAGUUACUAUUUCGUUCCUCGAUAUACUUAAGAUAAAGAUUAAUUGUACAUUUUGCGCAAAGAGAUUUCGCUUGCACGUACGUCGGAAAGCGCUCCUCGAAAGUCUUCGGUCGCUCGUUUUCCACAUUUUGUAUUAUAUAGCGUAAUCUCACGACACACAACGAUGUCGGCCCGAUGUCGCGUUGUUCCGGGAUCGAAAACACGUUUAGAAAUUACACAUUCAAUCGAAGGCAAUACAAUGUUCUACCCGUAUAUUCUAUAUAGAGCAUCGGUUCGCUAGACACUUCGCUAUAUAAAUGUGUAACGAUAGUACUGACCGAAAGUACGUUAGACGAAAAAUGCCUGAAAUAUAAUUUUGUAAUCCCUAAUCUAUACCGUUCCCUCAUCAAAUUAAAGCGUAGUAGCAAUAUAUAUAUGUGUAUAUAUUGCUAUUUAAUAAAUAUUAUGUAUAAUGUCCUCCAUACACGUUAGCGCUGCGAAAUUUACACGCACGCAAGAUACCUCGGGGAGAAUACAAAAGCGACAAAAUAACGAUUCAGGUGUAUAAAAUUGUUAAUCCACAUUCGUGAUUUCUGAUCUUAGCUGAGAGAAUUACGUCAAGGCACGAUUUAGCCUUAGAGAGUAACGCGCACAAUAUAUUGGCACAUCCUAGAUCCGAAAUCUACGCCGAAGCUUUUCGUUUUUCGCACACGUGGCGAACGUGCGCUUACACAAAUUACGCGUAUCCACCGUAUGUGAUAUCUAUCGGCUUCUGAUCGCGCUGAGUAGGAGGAGAGGAGGACAAAAGUCGAACCGAAUUCCGAACGCGGAAGAGCAAUGUGCCGAAUAUCAAAAGUUCGCAGCUCUGACGACCUCGAGAUGAGAACGCACCUCGACCGCGCGCGACUCGAUCGGGGAAGUUACGGAUAUACUGUAGGAUCGUGUACAUACGGAUCUUAAUGGAGAAUACUCGAAAACGAGAACAAGUGUUCAUCAGGCGACGAUAAUGAGGCGUACUUGGCGAUGACGAGUGGAAGUUCGUUGCACGGUCGUGCCAAGUCGAGAAUAAUGCCGUAUCGAGAUACACCAAGCGUAUCGCUUUACAUUAAUUUACGCCUUCCGGUAGAUGCUCAAACACAAAUGCAUAAUUGUUUCGUCCUGUGCGAAAGGGCAGAUCUGAACAGCGAGAUUAGAUACUGAACGACAGCGGAAUCCUGCGCGGUUUUGCCAGCUUGCAAAAGCGAUCAUUCGUCGUGACGACAAGGAGGCGCUUAUUGCGAAUCAAUUCUGGAACGACGAUGCAAACGUCCGUUCUGCGUGUGUUCUGCGCGACGGUUGCACGACGAAAAGUUAUAAUUACUACCUCGCGAUUAUACCAAAGGUAUUAUACGAUGUGAUCGUCCGAUAUAAUACAAACAACGUUAUCAGGUGUGUCGCUCGUCAAACGUGUUUAACGAUCAUUCUAACGCGUUUCGCACACACACACACAUACACACACACAGACAAGGCGAACCAUCGUAUAGUAAUAUAAUUAAUAUAUAUUUAGAUACGAUAUUCAAUGCUACUGUUGAAUUUCUUUCUUAUCGCGGAGAGGCGCGUCUUGUCGGAGCGUCGCGCGCUGUUACGAAAAGCGGGCACGGUUCAUCCUGCAAACUCGAGUGACGACCGUAGCGUUACGGGAGAAUCGCCAGUGUCGAAAUUUACCGCGCGAUCCCGUCGAUAUUGAGAACCGAUGCACCCGAUAAUUUUAUUCGCUUCUUAUUGUGCACCUAAUCGCAUCAGUCGCAGCAUCGCCUUCCACCCCUGAGAAGAAUUUUCAGCCUUCAUCUUCGGAUUCGACGUUCGCACGGGUGCAUACGGUAAAAUUAGGUGUCCUAUUUUUCUACAUUGUAUAUUCUGGUCGUUGUGUACUGUAUAAUAUACCGAGCACACGCGUGAAAAGCGCUCGAGGUAUGCCGGUGCGUACCUCGAAAACGGGGAUGAGGGUUCCGACACCUUUGCGCUUCUCAUCGCGCGUUAACGUCUGAAGAUCUGACAUGGAGUAACGUUAGUCGACACAACACGCAAUUGAAGAUAAUACAUAAUGAACGUAGAUUGACUCCUUCGUUUUAAUUAUUCGCUGUAAAAAUUGUUUUACAUACUUCUCGAAAUAAAAUAACAUGUCGUUUAUAACA